GCUGACAGCAAGCAUGCACGGGAAGAAAACAUUGGACUGUAAUUCAUAGAGCUGAAGUGGCCGCUUUAUUCGGAGCUGGUGGAUGUGCCCUGUCCAGGGAAGCAUGGCCUCUAGCUUUGCCCCGCCGAAGCUCGCCGACUUCAUUCUGACUGAGAAACUUGGUAGCGGUACCUAUGCGACGGUCUACAAAGCCUACAGGAAGACUGACAGCAGAGAGGCUGUGGCCGUGAAGGUGGUCAGCAAGAAGAGUCUCAACAAGGCUUCUAUGGAAAACCUGCUGACGGAGAUUGAGAUCCUAAAGACAGUGCGCCAUCCACAUAUCGUGCAGCUUAAGGACUUCCAGUGGGACAGUGAGAACAUCUACCUCAUUCUGGAGUGGUGCUCUGGUGGGGAUUUAUCACGCUUUAUUCGGAGCAGACGAAUCUUGCCCGAGAGAGUGGCCCGCUGCUUCCUACAGCAGAUAGCUUGCGCUCUGAAGUUUCUCCAUGAGAAGAACAUCUCCCAUCUGGACCUUAAACCCCAGAACAUUCUGCUGAGUGGCAAUGUGCUGAAACUAGCAGACUUUGGCUUUGCUCAGUACAUGUCUCCGUGGGACGAGAAGAGCGUUCUGAGGGGAUCCCCUCUCUACAUGGCUCCAGAAAUGGUGUGUAGACGACAGUACGACGCCAGAGUGGACCUCUGGUCUGUAGGGGUCAUCCUUUACGAGACUUUAUUUGGCCGAGCGCCGUUCGCGUCCCGCUCCUACGCUGAACUGGAGGAGAAAAUCCGCAGUGAUAAACCUAUCGAGCUGCCGGCCGGUGCCAGAGUGUCCAGAGACUGCAGGGAUUUGCUGCUCAGGCUGCUGGACAGACAUCCAGACUCACGCAUUUCAUUUGAUGAGUUCUUCCUGCACCCGUUUGUGGAUCUAGAGCACAUGCCCAGCGCCGAGAGCCUGGGAAAGGCGAAGGAGCUGGUUCUGCGGGCAGUGCAGAAGGAUCAGGAGGGCGAAUGGGCUGCUGCUCUCUCGCUCUACUGCAGCGCACUGGAGCACUUUGUGCCUGCCAUCCACUAUGAGACAGACAGGCAGAGAAAAGAGGCUCUCAGACAAAAGGUCAACCAGUAUGUGUCUCGAGCUGAAGAACUCAAAGCUCUGGUGGCUUCAGACAACAAAAUCAGCUUUGAGGAAGCAAAGUCGUCCAGGGAUAUAUUAAGAGAAAUGUCCAGGGACCAGCCGCGACUGCUCGCCGCACUGGAAGUAGCUGCUACUGCUGUAGCCAAGGAAGAGUGUGGGCUGGAGGAUUACGAAACAUUGGAUCUGUAUCAGCAGAGUCUGGGCGAGCUGCUGCUGGCUUUGGCUGCUGAACCUCAGGGCCGCAGGAGGGAGCUGCUCCACGGCGAGAUUAAGAGUUUGAUGAGCAGAGCAGAAUACCUUAAGAAACAGAUUAAGAUCCGAGAAACCCAGACUGACGUGGAUAAAGACCCAGUCUCUGAAUCUGUGCGGACCUCAUGCUGCCUACAGUAACUAUGGCUGUCUUUAACCAUGGACUCAUCUGGCAAGGUCAUGUGACCAGACUGAAAGGUGACCCUGCACUUGGGAUCCGAAGGAAUCUGAUUGGAUCGCAGGCGUGAUUGCUUCUGCCCUCAACCAAUCACGCAAGUGCUGACGGCUGCCGCUUUUUCUGCCUGUAGCAUUAAGAGCAGAUUGAGUGAAACGUGUACUGUAUACAAACAAUGUUACAAACUGAUGGUUUUACACAUGACUGUACACUCAUACCUGUUUCUUUCCAAUCACAAAACUGUAUUAGAAGACUUUGCUGAGGCUUGGAGAGUGUUUUAAUCCCAGAAAAAUGACUGCUGUACAUGUAAGGGAACUCUUGAAAAUGUGAGAAGAAUCUUAGAAAUCUUACUGUAUCCUUUUCCAUCCUUUACUCUCUCUGCUUUCGCGCUCUCUUCCACUCGCAUAAACACACAUACACAUACUCUCUGAGCUUCACCGCAGCUCGUCCGCAGAAUAAGUGGGGCUUUGGGUCCGUGUGGCUUUCCUCCCUGUUUGCUCCGUUCUUGCAUUUACUUUCGGGCUGCCACACAUCAAGCGCUGAAUUUUUUUCCCUCCAGCCUGCCUCACGCGCCGCUGGUUAACAGUUUAGAUUGGUGGCGCGGCAGUAAAAACACUGUGAAGCUCCAGCUUUUUCUGUCUACUGACUGUCCAAAGCUAGCACAAAAAUGACGAGGGGGCACUUAGUGUUGCUGGUACACAUUUAGUACUUUUCGGGAAUGAGGGUUACUUCAUGGUCUAGUGCUGUAUGUGCUGGAGGGCAAAGUUUAAUAUUUUCUGCUCUUUGUUUGUAUGUUUAAGCCUUUUUUUUAUAAGAUUAAUAUUUUUUGUCUGAAUUAUUUAUUGAAUGUCUGGCCUACAGAUGAAGUUAAUUAAAGAAA